AUGGACGGCAUGGUGGCACAGUUGGUAGAGCUACCUCCUCUCAACAUGAACAUGCUUGGAAACAUGUUUACUCAUUUCCAACUUCCCCCAAAACCUUCAGAAAGUGCACAAAGUCAAAGCUUAAAGCAGCUUCCAACACUUCCUGACUUUUUUCAACAUGUCAUGAAACUCACUGGACUGAGGAAGGAAGAUGUUUACUGCAAUCUUCGUAUUCCUGACCAGUCCCAAACAGCCAAAGAUGACAUCAACAUUGUUAUCCUCACAGGCCAAGGGAUCUUCUGCAUAGAUGUAAAACCCUGGAGAGGAACAGUGUCUGCUCAUAAUAAAAACUGGCAUGUACGAGUGACAGAAGAGGACCAGAACUUUACUGGUACCUGCAUCAAGCAGAUGGAAGAUCCCAUUACAGCUAUCAUGACAAAAACUAUCCAGUUAUGCAGUCAUCUGAAGAGGAGUAGAGUGUCAGUGCGCAGCAAUCUGUUCUUCCCAAAGGUCGUCUUCCUCUCACCUGACUGCAGGCUGGAUGAGGAGCUGAUGAAGAGGAGGGAGCUGGUCUCUCACAGCCAGAUAGAUGACUUCCUCAGAUCUUUUAAGGAGGGCUACAUGGCCUGGAUAACUGAUGCCUUCACUCCCUCCUGGAUUUCAGGUCAUCUGUCAUACAGGCAGAUGGAAUCAGUGCGGGAGGUUCUUAGGAAGGUGGGAACGUGGGAUACGGUGCAGCUGCACUGUGGCGAGCAGCUGAAAGGGGACUAUCAGGGCUGCCAGUACAUCGCGCUCGACCGCCAGGAAACCGAUAUGCUGGAGUUUUCCAGAAUCGGGACACUGUCUGCCGAUUCAUUGUGGGCUCUGCUGGGCCACGCUCCUCAGGUAACCGUGAAAAUGUAUAAACGUGGCUCUCACGGCUGGCUGGGGAAAUCUCUGAACGCCACCGCUACAAUCCCUUCAAACACCUUUGUGAUUUUCAAGAUCAGCGGUGAGGAAGAUGAUGCCAAAAUCCCAGCGAACACCAUUCACAGCAUCACACUCAGCAUCUGA